AAUGUAAACACGCCAAUUUCCCCAUGUUUGAUUUUGAUUUCCUCUUUGCUGUCUGUCGCCACCCAUUACGACUCCUUCCCAAUUUCUUGCAGUCCUAGCUAGCCCGCCCAUUUCUCUCUAAAAACUGCAAGCAAUGCCAUUUGAGUCAUUUGACCCUUCAACAGUAUUUUGAUAUCCUCUCUCUCUUUCCCUCAGACGUACGCAUCGGUUCCGACCCCCUCUCAGCUGCACCAAGAAUCACCUCUUCUGCCUCAUUCUCUCUCUCUCUCUCUCUCUCUCUCUCUCUCUAGGACUGCCCAGCAAGUAAGUUGAACCUCUCAAAUACUGUAUCUUUCUGAAUAUUUAUAGUUCCAAUACGUAUUUAGAUCCUUAGCUGGACUUGUAUUUCUCAAUGACCCAGUUGUGAAUAAACAUUAUCCUAGUCCCCUAUUACCAAGCUUCUGCCUUUAUGAUUUUUCUUCUUCCGCAGCUCAAUCUGUUGCUAUACCUUUGAUUUUAGUUGAGAUCAGUAUCUGGGUAUUUCUUGAUUUUCGUGAAUACCAAUUUUCUACCUCUUUCUCUAGCUGUAUCUCUGUUGCUCUUGCUCUGAUUUUUGAGACUUUUAAUUGAGAUCAGCAUCUGGAUAUUUCACAAAUUUCGUGAAUACCCAUGUUCUUUCUUUUCCUCUCACUGUAUCCCUGUAGCCCUUGCUGUGAUUUUUGAGAUUUUUAGUUGAGAUCAGCAUCUGGGUAGAAUACCCAUGCUCUUUCCUUUCCUCUAGCUGUAUCCCUGUAGCCCUUGUUGUGAUUUUUGAGGAAUUUAGUUGAGAUCAACAUCUGGGUGUUUCACGAAUUUCGUGAAUACCCAUAUUCUCUUUCUCUCUAGCUGUAUCUCUGUUGCUCUAGUGGAGAUUUUUGAGGAUUUUAGUUGAGAUCAGUAUCUGGGUAUUAAAUGAUUUUCGUAAGUAUUGAUGAUUGUUGGGUCCCAAGAUCAUGGCCUCUUACCGGCCCCUUUUGAUCCCUUCCCCUCGAACACCAGGCACCCAAGACCUGCUGCCGUACACACCCCUCUCAACUGAUCCGUUAAAACCCAUUCCCAAACCUGAGGUGUUAGGGAUGGAUUCUGGUGUUAAUCCAAUUGACAAUCACCCUUCAGUUCAUGAUGCCAUCUUAUUGAAGUCACCAUCUUCAAGAAGAAGCAUUUCAUCAGCCCAAUCCAGAGCUUCAGGUGCAAAUUCUGUCCAAUCCAGAGGUUUGGGCACGACUUCAAGCCGGGAGGUGAGUUUUGUUGAUUCGGAACCCAAACCCAUUCGGUAUGGGUCAUCAAGGGGUGCUGAUUCUGAAGGGCUCAGCACGUCCCAGAAAGAGAUAAACGAUGAGGAUGCAAGGCUAGUCUACAUAAACGACCCUGCAAAGACAAAUGAAAAGUUUGAGUUUAAAGGAAAUUCCAUUAAGACCUCGAAAUACUCUUUCUUAACCUUCUUGCCUCGAAAUCUGUUUGAACAGUUUCGCAGAGUUGCAUACAUCUAUUUCCUUGUGAUUGCUGUCCUCAACCAGCUUCCACAGCUUGCAGUCUUUGGUAGGGGAGCUUCCAUCUUGCCAUUAGCCUUUGUGCUAUUUGUUACUGCAGUCAAGGAUGCAUAUGAGGACUGGAGGCGGCACAAGUCUGACCGAGUUGAGAACAACCGAUUGGCAAUGGUUUUGGUAAACGAUCAGUUUUGUCAGAAGAAGUGGAAGGAUAUUAGGGUUGGCGAGGUCAUAAAAAUUUCAGCAAACGAAACUAUUCCCUGUGAUAUGGUGCUUCUCUCAACCAGUGACCCAACUGGUGUUGCCUAUGUCCAGACCAUUAAUUUGGACGGGGAGUCGAAUUUGAAGACACGGUAUGCGAAACAGGAAACCCUUUCGACAGUACCUGAGAAGGACAAGAUUAGUGGGUUGAUCAAGUGUGAGAAACCUAAUAGGAACAUUUAUGGAUUCCAAGGUAAUAUGGAAAUUGAUGGGAAACGGGUUUCUCUUGGACCAUCCAAUAUUAUUCUCAGAGGCUGUGAGAUCAAGAACACCAUUUGGGUACUUGGGGUUGCAGUAUAUGCUGGCAGGGAGACCAAGGCUAUGCUCAACAACUCUGGAGCUCCAUCUAAGCGGAGCCGACUUGAGACCCGUAUGAAUCGAGAGAUCAUUAUCCUCUCUGUGUUUCUUGUUUGUUUGUGUACUAUAGUCUGCAUUGGUGCCGGUGUUUGGCUACGGCGAUAUAAAGACGAACUGGAUAUCAUACCCUUUUUCAGGAAAGCAGAUUUCUCCGAUGGGGAUGAAUCAGACCAUAAUUAUUAUGGAUGGGGGAUGCAGAUAUUUUUUACAUUUCUCAUGGCAGUUAUUGUGUUCCAGAUUAUGAUUCCAAUUUCUUUGUACAUUUCUAUGGAGCUUGUUCGUGUUGGUCAGGCUUAUUUCAUGAUCAGGGAUGCCCAAAUGUACGAUGAAGCAUCAGAUUCAAGAUUUCAGUGUAGGGCCUUAAAUAUUAAUGAAGAUCUUGGACAAAUAAAGUAUGUAUUCUCAGACAAAACUGGCACCUUAACUGAGAACAAGAUGGAAUUUCAAUGUGCUAGCAUUUGGGCUGUAGAUUACAGUGAUUCAAAAACUAGUUCACAAGGCGAGCAAGUUGGAUUCUUGGCUCAAGUAUUAGUGGACGGACAAAUUUUGAGGCCAAAGAUGAAUGUGAAGGUUGACCCAGAACUUCUACGAUUAUCAAAGACUAUAAAGGAUACAAAGGAAAGCAAACAUGUACAUGACUUCUUCCUUGCACUGGCCGCUUGCAACACAAUUGUGCCUCUUCUUGUAGAGACAUCAGAUCCAACAGUGAAGUUGAUAGACUAUCAGGGAGAAUCUCCAGAUGAACAAGCGUUGGUUUAUGCUGCUGCUGCAUAUGGUUUUGUUCUUAUAGAGCGAACCUCCGGGCACAUAGUUAUAGAUGUUCAAGGAGAAAAACAAAGGUUUAAUGUUUUGGGUUUGCACGAGUUUGAUAGUGAUCGGAAGCGGAUGUCGGUCAUAUUAGGCUGUCCUGACAGAAGUGUAAAAGUCUUUGUAAAAGGAGCUGACACAACAAUGUUAAGUGCAGCAAAGAAAUCCUUGAAUUUGGACGUAAUACGUGCAACUGAAGCCCAUCUUCACUCAUACUCGUCUGUUGGUUUGAGAACCCUUGUUGUGGGAAUGAGGGAACUCAGUGCUUCAGAAUUCGAGCAAUGGCAGUCUUCUUAUGAGACAGCAAGCACUGCUUUGAUUGGAAGGGCAGUGUUACUCCGCAAGGUUGCUAGUAAUGUAGAAAACAAUCUGAUUAUAUUGGGGGCCUCGGGGAUCGAAGAUAAACUGCAACAAGGCGUGCCAGAAGCCAUAGAGGCUCUCAGAGUUGCAGGUAUUAAGGUCUGGGUUUUAACCGGGGACAAGCAAGAAACUGCUAUUUCCAUUGGCUACUCCUCCAGACUUUUAACUGGCACAAUGACCCAGAUUGUAAUAAACAACAACUCCAGGGAGUCAUGUAAAAAAAGUUUAGAUGAUGCUUUGGUUAUGUCUCAGAAGCUCAUGACACUGUCUGGUGCUAUGACCAAUACUGAAGGAAGUUCUGGAGCCAGUGCAAGUCCUCUUGCACUGAUCAUUGAUGGGACAAGUCUUGUUUACAUACUUGACACUGAGCUUGAAAACCAGCUAUUCCAAUUAGCUAGUAGAUGUUCUGUCGUUUUAUGCUGCCGAGUGGCUCCUUUGCAAAAGGCUGGAAUUGUUGCCCUCAUAAAGAACAGGACAGACGAUAUGACACUUGCUAUUGGGGAUGGUGCUAAUGAUGUUUCAAUGAUCCAAAUGGCUGAUGUGGGAGUUGGCAUUACUGGGCAAGAGGGUAGGCAAGCUGUCAUGGCAUCAGAUUUUUCAAUGGGGCAGUUCAGAUUUUUGGUUCCCCUUUUAUUUGUUCAUGGACAUUGGAACUACCAGCGGAUGAGCUAUAUGCUAUUAUACAAUUUUUACAGGAAUGCGGUGUUUGUUUUUGUCUUAUUUUGGUAUGUGCUUUUCACUUGUUAUACUUUAACUACUGCAAUAACUGAGUGGAGCAGCGUCUUGUAUUCGGUGAUUUACACAUCAUUUCCUACAAUCGUUGUUGGAGUUCUUGACAAGGACCUAAGUAGAACGACUCUGCUAAAGUAUCCUCAGCUCUAUGGGGCUGGACAGAAAGAAGAAAGCUAUAAUGGAAAGCUGUUUUGGUUGACAAUGAUAGACACACUGUGGCAAAGUGUAGCUGUCGUCUUUCUGCCUCUCUUUGCGUACUGGCAAAGCACCAUUGAUGAUUCAAGCCUCGGAGAUAUUUGGACACUUGCGGUCGUCAUUGCGGUUAAUAUUCACUUAGCCAUGGAUGUGAUGCGGUGGACUUGGAUUACUCAUGCAAGUGUUUGGGGCUCUAUACUUGCUACAUCCCUUGCUGUCCUCAUCAUUGAUGCUAUACCAAUUUUACCUGGUUACUGGGCUAUAUUUCAUCUUGCCGGGACAGGAAAGUUUUGGUUGUGCUUGCUUGGUGCCCCAGUGGGAGCAUUGAUUCCUCGUUUCGUUGUAAAACUUUUGGUACAACGCUAUUGCCCGAAUGAUAUUCAGAUUGCAAGAGAAGCAGAGAAGUUUGGGAGUCUUAGGGAAGAGUUAGAAGGUACAGAAAUAGAAAUGAACCCGAUUAUCGACCAUCCGAAUAGAUAAUUCGGGUAAUUCUGCUCCUUGUAGUCCUCCUCUUUUUCCUUUUUGUGAAAAAAGAAAAGAAAAGAAAAUCAUUUUCUUUAUGCUGCUUCCAAGUAUACCCAUUUUUGAUUACCACAUUUCAUUUCUUGCUAUCCGAAGGGUAGAAUGUGUAUUACUUAGGUUUGUAUUCUCAUGUUGUAUUCUUUUAUAGAAUUUUUCAAUGUACAUGAGUAAAAUGCUCACACUUUAAUAAAUAGUACCAUUGUCACAUUACUUU